UUUUCGAUAACAGAAAUAUUUGAUGUUAUAUGUAGUGCAAAAAUAAAUUAUUUUCCAAAAAAAUGACAAAACAGCAUAGACAUUUAGUAUUUGUAACGUUUUUAGUGUCGUGUGCUGCAUUAGGUCUGUUAUUAGUGUCAAUUUCAUCCACAAAUUGGGUAAUUUCCAAUCCAAAAUGUAUUACACUUCCAAACACUCAAGAUAGUGACUUAAAUUAUGGAUUGUUUACGGGAUCGUAUACUCGCCCAUUAUCACAAACGGAUAAAUUUGGAUUAACAAUGAUUUGUUCAUAUGAGCAUAAUAUUUGUGGAUUAAGCUGUUUAAGGACAGCAGCCGAGAGAAAAAAUGAAUUGGAACAAUUAUAUAAUGGUGAAAGGCCAAAGUUUAAUUGUGCAAGAUAUAUUGAACGUAGUAAAAGAUCUAUAUUAACAAGAAAUACUACGACUGUUUUCGCUGAUACUAAAAAUGAUUUAACAUUUAUAAAUAAUGGAGUACAUUUUGCAACAAUAUGGUUUUUGUGCAUUGCAAUUAUAUUAUCAACUACUACUUGCGUUAUCACUGUAAUUAAUCUAACAUUGAAUCCAGUACAACCCAUUUUAAACAUAUUUGGAUUAUAUAUAUGGCAUGGUGUGACAUGUUUAUCAAUAUUAAUUGUUAUAUUGUUAUGGGGUAUCCAUUUUGCUACAACAAUUACACAUAAUGUUGGUCUACGCGAUACAAUUGUAAAUGAUUAUAAUAGUGAUGGAAGAUCAUCUUUGGGAUAUUCUUAUUGGAUACUUUUAGCGUCAAUGCUCUUACAUUUAAUAAACAUCGGAGUACUUUUAUUUAGAAGACAUUUAAUUAGUCAAGAAGCACCAACCCUUGCUGCACCAAGUGAAGAAAGAACUGAUGGAGCAAUAUAUUUAUAUUAAAUAUUCAUUUAUAAAAAAUAUUUUUUCGAUGAAUCUAACGGUAGGUACAGGUUGUGAGAAGAAAUUUUUCGGUUUUAUUUUACUUUCAAUAUCUUACAUAAUGAAAUACAAUCAAAACAAUUUUUAUGGCAAACACAAUCUGCAGCAAAAACAUUUUUUUAAGCAAACUGUUAACAUUUACUAAUUUAUAUUAAACUGGGAGAUUUUUUAAGUGAAUUGUGGUGAAUCUUUCUAGUUUGCCCAUAGAAAAACAUUUUUAUAUCAAUUGGCUCUUACAUUAUCUUGUUUUGAUUACCCCUGUUUGUUUCUAAGGAUAUACUUGAAGGAAAAGCUAACAUAAGCAAACUUAAUAAUCCAAUAAAACCAAUAAUCAUCAAUUUAAAAAUUUAAUAUUUGAAAAGAACUGAUCGAAAUCAGCUAGAAACGGUCAAUAGAUUCGUUAGAAAUUUAAAGAUGAAGAUUUUAUGGUGUAAAUAGUUUCUGAUCCACUCGGUAUAACUACCCACUAUUUGAAAGAAUACAAAAAUGGUGGUUUUCAAGACUAAAAAUCGUAACUGAAAAUGUAGUUAAAAAUGAAAAGCUGGACAACUACAGAUUAAAUACAUACAAUUUCAUCCUACAGCAUUAAUUUUUAAUUACUUAAUUGACAUUAUUUUUUAUAAAUAUUACUUACAUAUUUAUGAUAAAUUUCGGCGUAAGAUUGGAUCUGUAUUAAGAUAUAAUUAGAUUCUGUAUCUAAAUAAUACAUAUAUUUACAUUCUAAAACCUUCACCUGAUUUCAAAUUUUUGUUUUGAAUUUACUUAAAAAAACAUUUUUGAUAAAGAAUUUCAAAAAAACCGACUCCGACAAUGAUUGUGUUGUCUCACAACUUGGUUAUAAAUAAACUUCAAUAAAUUUUUAUAUAUUGGAUGUCUAAAUAAAAAAAACUGCUUAGUACAGGUAAUAUAAUUACACCAGAAUAGCCUGUCCCAAAAUCUAAUUUAAUUUGUAAAUUUUAUGUGAUAA